GAUUCACCCAGAAGACGAGGAAGAUCCACUGCAGCUCGGAGGGUGUCUUUGAGGAGCUCUUUCGCUGGCCUCACUAUGGGAAGCUCAUCAUGGGAGAAACACUGUCCAUUGAGGUUUACAACUGCAGCAAGGUUUUCAGUAACAGGCUUCUUGGUACCCUUGUCCUCAGCCUUCAGCACCUGAUGACAUCUGGGAGGCUGAUCCUCCGGGAGGCCCUUGUUGACAGGAACCACAGAGUCACUGGUAUCUACAUUGAGUUGGAUUUGCGCUACCAGCCUCCAGAUGGCUCAGCUGGGACCUGGGUUGAAGAGGACUUUGUCUAUCAGAUGAAAGACAGCUCAGAGUUAAUCAUCCGCAAUCCUGGAUUUGAGGAGCUGGAGGCAGCCGAGGGGCCGAGAGGCAGUGAACUGGACAGGAGAGCUGCUGCACUGGGCAGGAAGCUGGCGAAGGGCCUGGACACAGAUGAGGAAGAGGAAGAGGAGGAAGAAGAUUUCUACGAUGCAUCUGAGAUGGAGGUCUCGGGCAUUGUCUUCAGCCCUGUGAGGAGCCGCUCCAGACUUUGCUCCGCACGGGACCUCUUUGCCACCCCAACCCCGCAGAGCUUCCAGGUUGGGAUAAAUAUCAUUGAAGCCCAGAAGCUGGUGGGGGUGAACAUUAACCCCUUUGUGGUAGUCAAGGUUGGAGAGGAGAAGAGGCACACGGCGACACAGAAGUCAACAAACUGCCCCUUCUACAAUGAAUAUUUUUUGUUUGAAUUCCAUGAGCCAAAAGACAUUUUGUUCCACAGACUCAUAGAGAUCUCGGUUUUUCAUUCCAAGACAAUUCCAUUCCUGGGAACGUGCAUAGGAACAUUCAAGAUGGAUGUCGUGACGGUGUACAGCCAGCCAGACCACAGGUUUUUCCAGAAGUGGGCGGUUAUCAGUGACCCCACGGACACCCGGGCAGGCGUGAAAGGCUUUGUGAAAUGCAACAUCUCUGUCACCGCACGCGGGGAUGCUGUGGGCUCCCUUCCCACCUCCUCCAGCAGCCGGGAUGAGGACAUUGAGAGGAACCUGCUGCUGCCUAAGAGAGUCCCUGCAGAGAGACCCUGGGCUAGGGUCUGCAUCAAGCUGUACCGUGCUGAGGGCCUGCCCAGCAUGAGUGCGGGCAUCAUGGGUGGUUUCUCCAAGAUCAUAGGGGAGAAAAGAGUCUUUAUCGACCCAUAUGUGCAGGUCUUGUUCUGUGGGCAGCAGGGGGAAACAUCGGUGGAGACCAACACCACUGAGCCUGAAUGGAAUGAGCAGAUCAGCUUCAUUGAGAUGUUCCCACCUCUGGCCAGGAAGAUAAAAGUCCAGGUGCUGGAUGAUGCCAACGUUGGUGAUGUGGCCAUUGCCACACACUACAUUGACCUGCAGCAGAUCUCUGACCCUGGCAGGAAUGGCUUUAACCCCACAUUUGGCCCAGCCUGGGUGAACCUGUACGGCUCCCCCCAGAACUCUGCUCUGCGGGACAUCCACAAGGACCUCAACGAGGGCAUGGGCGAGGGGAUCUUCUACCGCGGGCGCGUUCUCAUGGCCAUCACAGUGGAGAUCUUCAGCAGCCCCAGCGUGGCAGAGAGGAAGCCUGGGGACAAGAUGAAAGGUGCCCUGAGCAAGCUGAAGCUGAAGAAGAAAAGUAAGAAAUCCAAGGAGAAAGCCAAAGAACUGAUGCAGCUGCAGGGAGAGGAGGAGCCUGGGGGCUCUCAUGAGGUCGAGCAGCCUGAGGAGGUCACUGUGGAGGUGGAAGAGCUUCAUCCACUCCCCGAGAACGCGUUGGGGAGGAAGGAGGAAUUCCUUCUCUUUGCUGCCUUCUUUGAAGCCACUAUGAUGGACUCCUCUCUCAGCUCGAAGCCUGUCAGUUUUGAAGUCUCUAUAGGAAACUAUGGCAAAGCUGAGGAGGUUGUGACCAAAGCAUGGAGAAAAGUGGAAAAGGGAGAAGUGAAAGAAGACAAGCAGCCUUUGCUGGACUCUGGUUCAGAUGGUGAGCUGGAUGUUGAAGUCCUGGCUCCACCUUCAGCGGUACUGAACAAGUCAGUGACAAAAAGCCAGAGACCAGAGCCCAUGGAGUAUGAUAGGUCAUACAGCUGCCUGCCCCUGACGCAUGAGAAACCCUGUGUGUACGUGUGGAGCUACUGGGAGGAUCAUACCUGGAGACUCUGCAUUUCCAACCGGAUUGUCAAGCUGGCAGAGCGCCUGGAGCAGGGGCUGGAUGACGUGGAGAAGCUUGUGAGAAGGCCAAAGGCUAAAGCAGAAGCGCGGUUCCGAGAGGUGCUGGAGGGCUUCCGAGAGGUGCUGGAGGAGUUUGUAGCUGGAUGCAGACAGUAUUCACUCGGUGCAGAGAGGAAAACAAUGGCACAUCCAAACAACCUUGAUCGAUGUCGGACGAAAUACCUGAUGCGCAACAUCAUCCUGUAUGCGAAGCAGGGGCUCCGUGUGAAGCGGCGGCUGACUCGAGCCAACGUUAAGGAGAAGCUUAAGGAGACAAGGAGGAUCCUGGCAAAGCUGCGCUUCAUGGCUAAAGAGGGGUCCCCUGAGUUCCUCGGCCAGGCCUUUGCAGUCCCGCGGGUGAAGCUGGUGGAUGAGCCAUACACCAAACCUGCCCUGCAGUUCUUUGACUUCUACAAGGGCACCAAAGCAGCGGGAGAGCUCAUUGCCAGCUUUGAGCUCAUUGAGCUGGAUUACAGCGGCUAUUUGGAGCCAUCAGUGCCCGAGGACGUGGAGCCCAAGGAGCCUGACUACCUGGGAGACCCCCACGAUGGACGGUUCCUCAUCCCUGAGGGCAUCCGCCCGGCGCUGAAGGAGUUCCGCAUAGAGAUCCUCUUCUGGGGCCUGCGGGACCUGAAGCGGGUGAACUUGUUUGAGGUGGAUCAGCCCCAGGUGAUCAUUGAAUGUGCUGGCAAGAAGGUGGAGUCAGAGGUGAUCCCCUACAAAGAGAACCCCAACUUCACCGAGCUGGUCAAAUACAUGGACGUGGAGCUCCCAGAGCAGGUCUACCUGCACCCUCCCCUCAGCAUCUUCGUGGUGGAAAAGCGGGCAUUUGGGCGCACUGUGAUGGUGGGUACCCAUGUUGUGUCCGAUGUGAUGAAAUUCUCUCCCAGAGAGCUGGAGGAGGAACCAGAAGAUGUGCCCAAAGCUCGGAAAGUCUCAUCCCAGCGUCUUCCCUCUCAUACUGUGGUAAAUAUCGACCCAGGUCCCAGCACUCACGCCCUGAGUCUUAUGAAGGCUCCUUUGAAAAAAAUUCCUAUCAAUAAGCUUGUAAAGAAGGAGGAAGAAUAUGAAGAGGAAAAACCAGAGCUGGAAGAGCUGGAUUGGUGGUCCAAAUACUACGAGUCCCUGAAGGAGCUGUAUAACCAGACACGCAGUGAUGAGGAAGAUGCUGAGAACGAUGACCUGAAUGAUGCAGAUGGAGGCAAUUUAAAUGCAUCCUCCAUUGACAUGGAAGCAGAAGAUGAGGCAGUGAUUGAAGCUGAACCUGCUCGACCCAAGAGGAAGCUCAUUGCCACCCUUCAGAUCUACAGCUCUGAGCUGGAAAAUGAGUUUGGUCAUUUUGAAGACUGGCUGUGUAUUUUCCCCCUCCAUCGUGGCAAGGCAAAUGAGGAAGAAGAUGGAAAUGAGGAUGAGCAUUUUGUAGGGAAGUACAAGGGCUCCUUCUAUGUCUACCCCACUGAGGAAGCGGGCACGGAGCCCAGGGUCUCUUGGGGUGUUCCAAGGAACAGACCCAUCAAGGUUCUUGUAAGGGUUUAUAUUGUUAAGGCUACCAACCUGUCUCCAGCCGACCCCAAUGGCAAGGCAGAUCCCUAUGUGGUGGUGACUGUGGGGCAGGAGCAGAAGGACACAAAGGAGCGCUACAUCCCAAAGCAGCUCAAUCCUGUGUUUGGAGAAGUGGUGGAGCUGACUGUCUCAUUUCCCGUGGAAUCGGAGCUCACUGUGGCAGUAUUCGACCAUGAUUUGGUUGGAUCUGAUGAUCUGAUUGGGGAGACCAAGAUUGACCUGGAGAAUCGGUUCUACAGCAAGCACAGGGCCAACUGUGGAGUGGCUUCUCAGUAUGACAUAAAUGGCUACAACUCGUGGCGAGACGCUUUCAAACCCACACAGAUCUUGGAUAGUUUAUGCAAGAAAAACUCACUCCCUGCAGCAGAGUACAGAUGGGAGGAGGUCAAGGUGGACAAGAAGAUAUUCAAGGUCCCUCCAGAAGCUUUUCCUGAAGAGGCCUCUGUGAGGAGCAAGAGAGGAGCAGCGGAUGAGAACUGCUCAGUGGAUGAUGAACACAAGGCUUUGUACGUCCUGCAGCACUGGGAAGAAAUGCCAGGAUACGGAUACAAGCUGGUACCAGAGCACGUGGAGAUCCGGUCCCUGUACAACCCUGAGAACCCUGGACUUGUGCAGGGCUCCUUGCACAUGUGGAUUGACAUGUUCCCAAAUGAUGUCCCUGCUCCGCCACCGGUCAAUAUCAAGCCACGGCUGCCUGUCAGCUACGAGCUGCGUGUGAUCAUCUGGAACACGGACGAUGUGAUCCUGGAUGAUGUCAACCCCAUAACGGGAGAGCCUUCCAGCGACAUCUACGUGAAAAGCUGGAUAAAGGGUCUCGACCACGACAAGCAGGAGACAGAUGUUCACUUUAACUCCUUGACUGGGGAGGGCAAUUUCAACUGGAGGUUCAUCUUCCGCUUUAACUAUCUCCCGACUGAGAAGGAGAUCACCUACAAGAAGAAGGAUUCUGUCUUCUCUCUAGAGGAAUCUGAGUUUCGGGAACCGGCUGUUCUGGUCCUCCAGGUCUGGGAUUACGACAGGAUUUCAGCCAAUGACUUUCUAGGGUCCAUUGAGCUGAAGCUGCAUGACAUGGUGCGGGCAGCCAAGAGCUCAGAGCAUUGCACCAUCAAGAUGGCCAAGGAGAACGCGACCCCGCGCUUCUCCAUCUUCCGAAACAAGCGCAUGAGGGGCUGGUGGCCCUUUGUCAAGCUCAAAGAUCAAGAGGAUGAGGAGAGAGAGGAGAGGGAGAAGAAGCAGAAGAAGAAGAAAAAGAAGUGGAGCAGCUCAGUCAAACCAGAGGACUUGGAGUUCACAGAUCCCAGUGGGAACAAGUACCUCCUGACGGGUAAGGUGGAAGCCGAAUUCCAGCUGCUGACGGUGGAGGAGGCUGAGAAGAACCCUGUUGGCUUAGGCCGAAAAGAGCCUGAACCCCUGGAAAAGCCCGACCGGCCAAAAACUUCUUUCAACUGGUUUGUGAAUCCCAUGAAGACUUUCGUGUUCUUCAUCUGGAAGCGGUACAAGAAGUACAUCAUUGUGCUGCUGAUUGUUGCUCUUCUGACCAUCUUCCUGGUUCUUUUGAUCUACACCAUGCCUGGAUACAUUAGCGAGAAGAUCAUCAGUGGAUAA